GCAGGCGACCGGCCAGGCCGGGGGAGCGGAGGGCGAGAGCCCCGCGCCCGGGCGGGUCUGGAGAGACGUUGGUCGGCGGAGCCGGGGCCCGGCGUGCCCGGAGCGUCCUCAAAAACCGACGUGGGUCACGAGUCCGGGCCUUCUCUACCGUCAGAGAGUUGGGGAACAGGGGAGCCCCUGGAUGAUGAGAGCCCACAGUUGCAAUCUCUUGAUUUGGAUCAAAACAUUUCCGAAGAGCAGCAGCUUACCUCCCCUGAAAGGCAGGCCUCAGGCGAGCGCCGGUCUGAAGCCGAGGCAGUGAGUCAAGACAAAGUGGAACAGGGGCAGAGAGACUCUGAGGAAGAAGGAAGAAGAGAAAGAAAGAUAUCGCAGUUGAUGAAGGAAAAGGAAUUCCCGCCCACAGCCGCGCUCCUGGCCGAGUCGCUGGUGUCCACCACCACCGAGGACGUUUUGUUUCAAAAGGACGCCAGCACCUCUGUAUAUCCCCUGACCAUGACCUGGUGCUACGGCUGGAACAGCUCCCUGCCUGUUUACUACAUUCGGAACCAAACCGAGAGGGUGAUUCUGUACGCCUGCGGCCACACCGCCGUCAUCUACAACGCCCUCAGGAACAGCCAGCACCACCUGCAGGGCCACCCCAACGUGAUCUCCUGCCUGUGCAUCAGUGAAGACCGGCGGUGGAUAGCCACGGCGGACAAGGGGCCUGGAUGCCUGGUCAUCGUGUGGGACUCCUACACCGGCAUCCCAGUGCAUACGAUAUUCGACAGCUGCCCCGAUGGUAAUGGCAUCAGGGCGAUCGCCAUCACGUACGACGCCAAGUACCUGGCAACCAUCUCGGACGCUACGAUCCAGAAACUGUGCAUCUGGAAGUGGACUUUAGCUGUGGACACGCCGUCAUGCACCCUGGAGCUUCCAGAAGAGUAUGGUCUCCAGAACUAUCUCACUUUUAAUCCAGCAAAUAACAAAGAAUUGGUGAGCAAUAGUAAAACACAGGCGAUAUAUUACAUGUGGAACGAAAAGAAAGGCAUACUUUUCCACAGCGCCCCAGUUUUAACAGAAAAAACCUUCAACAAGCUCGUGGGAAGAUUCAGCCAAUCGGUCUUUCAUUUGAAUCAAACACAAAUACUCUCGGCCACCAUGGAAGGGAAGCUGGUUGUCUGGGCCAUCUACCGCCCCCCGCCCUCGGCCACCCCCGCCGCAGGCACCCCCAGCAUCAAACCGUGUAAGCUGGUCCAUUUGCAGAAAGAAGGUAUCACCGUGCUGACCACAGUCGAUAGCUACAUUGUCACGGGCGACAUCAAGGGUACCAUUAAGUUCUACGACCACACCCUGUCCAUCGUUAACUGGUACAGCCAGUUCAAGCUGAGCCCCAUCAAAACCCUGUCCUUUUCAAAGAGGCCUGCCAAGCCCCCCACUGAAAAGUCCAACUAUCCUCCAGACUGCACUUUGAAAGGUGACCGUUUCAUCAUCAGGAACCUGAUCAUUGGGACGACGGAUGCGACCGUGUACCACUUAACAGCAGAUGGGUCCAAGCUGGAGAAGCUGUUUGUCGAGCCCAAGGAUGCCAUUUGUGCCAUCUCCUGCCACCCGUAUCAACCCUUCCUCGCCGUUGGGAGUUUCUGUGGCAUGAUCAAAGUGUGGGAUUAUGAAAAGAAAAAGUACCUUUUCAGCAGGGUGUUUGAGAGGAGGCUUGGCGUCCAGAGCCUGACCUACAACCCUGAAGGCGCCCUUCUCGGGGUUGGCUUCACAGAGGGGACUGUUUCCAUUCUCGAUGCAAUGUCCUUAGAAAACAGCAUUCCAGAGCCUUUCAAAUAUUCCAGAACCAGCGUGACCCACAUCAGCUUCUCCCAUGACUCCCAGUACAUGGCGACGGCUGAUGUAAGUUUCACUGUGGCCGUUUACAAGGUGGUGGUCAAAAAGGGGCAGAGAGUCUGGGAGUAUCUGGCAAGACUUUGUUCUCAUCGCAAAAGCAUCCGCAGCCUCCUGUUUGGGGUUCACCUGGACAGCAACGACUCCAGGCUGCUGAGCCUGGGGAGGGACAGACUGUUGAUCGAGUAUAACCUUUCCAAGAGCUGCAAAGACCACCUGGAAGUCCUGGACAUCCACCGAACCGACCAGGGCAACUACCCCACCUGCAUGACCUGGUACCCUCCGCUCACCAAGGAACUCUUCCUGCUCAUUUGCAACAGCGGCUACAAAGUGAAACUUUUCAACUCUACCACCAAAAUGUGCAGAAAGACACUUCUUGGGCCAGUUUUUGGUUCUCCCAUGGAGCAGAUGCAGGUCCUCCCGGUGAGAAGCACCCUCGAGCUGCAGAAACGCUACCUGGUGUUCAUCAACCGAGACAAGGUCGGACUCCAGAUCCUACCCGUGGACGGGAACCCACACAAGACAACUGCGAUUAUUUGUCACCCGAGCGGGGUGUCUGGGAUGGCCCUGUCCUACGACGGCAGCUGCGCUUUCACCGCAGGCGGCCAGGACCACUCGGUGGUCCAGUGGGUGAUCAACUUAAGUGCCCUGGAGGCAGCCGUGUCCCUGGGGGGCGAAGACUUGACCCCCUUCUACGGUCUGGUGUCUGGUGGCAGGGAAGGAAAAUUCUACCGGGAGCUGGAGGACUAUUUUUACUACUCUCAGCUCCGUAGUCAAGGCAUCGACACGAUGGAGACCAGGGAGGUGUCAGAGCACAUUUGCCUGUCGGAGCUUCCUUUCGUCAUGAGGGCCAUUGGCUUUUACCCCUCGGAAGAGAAGAUUGAAGAUAUGUUCAAUGAAAUCAGAUUCAGUGAGUAUGUGGACACUGGAAAGAUAAUUGACAAAAUCAACUUGCCAGAUUUCCUCAAGGUUUACGUGAACCACAGGCCACCUUUCGGCAACACCAUGUCCGGUGUCCAGGAAAGCUUCAACGUCCUCGGCUUCACCAACUCCAAGGGGAAGAAGGUCAUUCGAAGAGAGGACUUCCUGAGACUGCUUCUAACCAGAGGUGAGCACAUGACCGAGGAGGAGCUGUCCGACUGCUUUGCUACGCUGUUUGGCCUGAACCCCGAGGGGUGGAAAUCCGAGCCUUCCGCCUCCUCCUUCAAAGGUUCAGAAAUCUGCCUUGAAAAAGAGCUUCCAGACGAGAUCUCGGCAGAAAUAUUCACCACGGAGAUCCUUGGCUUAACCAUUUCGCAAGAUCUGGGCGAGGAUGCUCCGGUCAGCGAAGCCGGCAGGAAUGUGUGAAGCACAAAGGACUGUGUGUGCGGGGGCUUUUCUUUCCCAAGAGGCGCUGCUUUUCCUGUGUUUCCCCUCCCCCACGCUAAUCUUCAGAACGUUGAGGCAUUAAAAGCAAAUUUCUGUUAAGGAGUGGAAUUCACAGAGUCGGACAUUCCACUGUUUCUGA